UUACCGGUGCAGUUUUACCUUGGGGGCUAGAGCAGUUCUUCUUGUGGCUGUGGCUCGGGCUAUGCAACAGGUCUGUUCCUGGAUCUGAGUUUGGGUCCAAAACUUUCGAGUUUUGGUACAGUUUUAACUCCAACUUCCGUGCACCUGUGGUAGAACUGUCCGCGAUGGCUGGAACAGGGAUGAAUGGAGGAAUAGAACCAAACGGAGACAUACAAACACCAAACGGAGCGGGUAACACCAAUGGUCAUCCCGGGCUUCAUUCUGCAGUAGAGAAGAACGGACACACAGGACCUCGUGCGAACGGACUUUGUUCGGAGAAGGCUGUGAAACAGAUCCGGGGUCUGUCUCCCUCCGUCAACAAGUUCCUUCACGACGUCUUCGACACCGUCUUGGAAGACGUUCUCAAGAAGAGCGCCAGCGCUGGGUCAAAGGUCAUAGAUUUUCUCCCUCCCGCUGAGCUGAGCAAGAGGAUAGAUCUAGAGUUACGGGACGAUCCAGAACCUCACGAGUCUCUACUGGACCAUUGCAAGAAAACCAUCCAGCACAGCGUCAAAACGGGGCACCCGAUGUUCCUGAACCAGCUGUACCAGGGCCUGGACCCGUACGGACUGGCGGGGCAGCUCGUCAGCGACUCCCUCAACACCAACUUGCAUACCUAUGAGGCGGCUCCCGUCUUCGUGCUGAUGGAACAGGAAGUGGUCAGGAAGGUCUGCAGCCUGAUUGGCUGGUCCGCGGGAGAUGGCCUUAUGGGAGCAGGCGGUUCUCUACUGAACAUGUACGGUAUCAACCUGGCCAGGCACAGGUACUUCCCCGACCUGAAAAAGACCGGCAUGCAUAGCGGGCCCAGACUGGUGCUGCUCACGUCAGAGGAGAGCCACUACUCCAUGACGAAGGGCGCGGGGUUUCUUGGGAUCGGAACAGACAACGUCAUCAAGGUCAAGUGUGACGAAAGAGGGCAGAUGUUACCAAAGGAACUGGAUAAAGCUAUCGAAGAUGCCAAAUCUCAGGGGUCCGUGCCUUUCUUUGUGAACGCCACCAGCGGCACGACAGUGACUGGCGGGUACGACCCGCUCGGCGCCAUCGCAGACGUCUGCCAGAAACACAGGCUCUGGCUGCACGUGGAUGCUGCCUGGGGCGGUGCGGUGCUGACGUCGCGGAGACACCGCGGGCUGAUGUCGGGGGUGGACCGGGCGGACUCACUGCUGUGGAACCCGCACAAGAUGCUGUCCCUCCCGCUGCAGUGCUCUGUCUUCGUCACCAGGGAACAGGGUCUCCUGAAAGCGGCCCACGCGUCCGGUGCGACCUACCUGUUCCAGAAGGACAAGAUUUCUUACGACGCCAGCUAUGACGUCGGCGACAAGAGCAUACAGUGUGGCAGAAAGACCGACCCUAUGAAACUCUGGCUGUCCUGGAAGGCGCACGGCACCAGGGGAUUCGAACAGCACGUGGACUACGUCUUUGAACUGGCACAGUACGUGUAUGACAAGCUCAGCAAUAGGAAUGAUUUUAAGAUGGUGCUGCCAGGGCCCAACUGUACCAACGUGUGCUUUUGGUACAUACCACCCAGUCUGCAGGGGGUACCGGAGGGACCAGAAUUCACCCAGAAACUAGACCAGGUGGCACCAGUCAUCAAAGACCGCAUGACCAAGAAGGGCAACAUGAUGGUGCAGUACCAGCCGCUAGAGGGCGUGCCAAACUUCUUCCGUCUGGUGCUGGCCAAUUGCGAGACGACACGUCAGGACCUGGACUUCCUUGUGGAGGAAAUAGAACGUCUUGGAGCGGACCUGUAGAGGGUCUUCUAUAGCCUCUAUCAGGCUUUGGGAGGCGGCUGCAAAGAGUAGAAAUUGGC